UGCUGGCUCGCAAUGGCCUCUCCAGUUUUCCCCUUCCGCUGCCCUCCGCUUUGACGUCAAAUCAAUCGGCCGGUGAGCCAGCUGGGCAUCUUGUGGUAGCUGCGCUUGCUUUUACCAUCCCUCUUCUUCUCGUCCUCUUCCACCUCGCGAGCAGAGCAGUUCGCACUUGAGAGGCAGAGAGGGUGAGGAUGCAGGCUGCUAGUGCUACUUGGGAGGAAAGGAGCAGGGGCUCGCCGUCGGCCAUGGAGAAGGGCGGCGACCAGAGCGCCAGGAAGGCGAGGCUGGAGCUGGUGGUGGCCAACGGCCCUGUGAAGCGACAGAUGGUCGUGCACGAGGCGGGCGAGAUCGUGCCGGCGGAACAGGGCCCGACGAUGCAGAUCUCCGUCAAGAUGGACGUCGCCGUGCUCCACUGCCCCUUCUGCUUCCUCCCCUUCAAGCCACCCGUCUUCCAGUGCAACGGCGGCCACCUGGCCUGCGGCGACUGCCGCGGCGAGCAGCCUGGGAGCCAGUGGCAGUGCGAGAGGUGCGAGCGGGGCGGCGCCUUUGACAUCCGCAGCACGGCGAUGGAGGCCGUUGUCUCCUCGGCCAGGGUCGAGUGCCCGCACGACGGCUGCGGGAGGUACAUCACCUACCACGAGCUUGACGACCACCAGAGCGCGUGCCCGCACGCGGCCUGCAAGUGCCCGGUUCCCGGCUGCGACUUCGCCGGCCCGCCGCCCGCGCUCCUCCGCCACCUCAACACUCUCCACUCCGUGCCCGUACAUAGCGUCCAGUACCGCAAGGUGCUCCAGCUGCAGGUGCCGGUGUCUGAGCCGCGGCGCCUGCUGCUCGCAGAGGAGGACGCCCGCGCUUUCCUCGUGGUCGGCGGCGCGCUUGGCCUGGGCACGCCCCUCACCGUGUCGGUGGUGUGCAUCAGGGCGGGGGCGUCCCAAUUGCCGCUCUACGCGGCCAAGGUAUGGGUGAACGGACCACAGGCAGCGGCCAAUGGCAGGGCCGACACCGUCAGUGCGGACAUCGAGGUGACGAGCAGCAAGGAGCCUGGCGCCGUCGACAUCGAGGAUCUGACGUUCUUGACGGUGCCGUCCAAGCUACUGGCUGGGGCUGGGCCCUCCAGGACGGUGUCUCUCCACAUUCGCAUAGACAAGAUCACCUCCUAAAUGAUUCCAUGAAGCUUAGUGAUCUAAUGACCUUCUUAUGCUAAUAGUAAAUAUGAUCUAGUUUAGUUUGGUUCACUGCAGCUUGUGAACCUUGCAGCGAUUACUUCAACAUUAGACAAGUAUUUCUACUUGUUAAUUUCCAACAGUGCAAGAGGUAUUUUGUGGCUGUUGGAUGUAAGAUAUUUUGGGGUAACAAGUGAACUAAAUGUAUGCUGUUUAUAUGUGUUUAUUAAGAAAUUGCUGUAUACUUA